CAGACUGAUUUCUGAUUUUUUUUUUUUCUCUUUUCACUUCUUCUUUUUUUCUUUUUUUUUUUUUUAACUUCUAUUUUCCAGACCCAUCCUAAUGCCAGCAAACUGCCUUUAAAGGAUUCUUUCACUUAUGAUGACUACAGAUGGGCGGUUUCCUCUGUUAUGACACGACAAAAUCAGAUACCAACUGAAGAUGGUUCUCGAGUUACCCUGGCUCUGAUUCCUUUAUGGGACAUGUGUAAUCAUACCAAUGGUCUGAUCACUACUGGUUACAAUUUAGAAGAUGACCGAUGUGAAUGUGUAGCACUUCAGGAUUUCAAAGCUGGAGAGCAGAUUUACAUUUUUUAUGGCACUCGGUCAAAUGCAGAGUUUGUGAUCCACAGUGGUUUUUUCUUUGAUAAUAAUUCACAUGACAGAGUGAAAAUAAAGCUUGGAGUGAGUAAAAGUGACAGGCUGUAUGCUAUGAAGGCUGAGGUUUUAGCUCGUGCCGGCAUCCCAACUUCAAGCGUUUUUGCCUUGCACGCUACUGAGCCUCCAAUUUCUGCCCAGCUUUUGGCUUUCCUUCGAGUGUUUUGUAUGAGUGAAGAAGAGCUGAAAGAGCACUUGAUAGGAGAACAUGCAAUUGACAAAAUCUUCACUCUGGGCAACUCUGAAUUUCCAGUUAGCUGGGACAACGAGGUUAAACUUUGGACAUUCCUUGAAGCUAGAGCAUCCCUUCUUUUGAAAACCUACAAAACCACUGUGGAGGAUGACAAGUCCUUCCUGGAGACCCAUGACCUUACUCCUCAUGCGACAAUGGCUAUCAAAUUGCGCUUGGGUGAAAAAGAGAUUUUGGAGAAAGCAGUAAAGAGCGCAGCUGCCAACAGAGAGUACUAUAACAAACAAAUGGCAGAUGGAAACCCCCUUCCAAAAUAUGAAGAGAGCAAUAUAGCCUUGCUAGAGAACACUGUGGCUGACUCUAGACUCCCAAUUGUCUUGAGAAACCUAGAGGAAGAAGCAGAGGAGCAAGGGAACUUAAAGAUUGGUGAAGCCAUUGAUGCAGAAGUCACAGAGAAUGGGUUUGUAAAUGGUGAAAACUCUCUACUUAAUGGGACCAAAUCAGAAAAUGAAAAUCUAAAUCAAGAAGAAAGUAACAGAGAGACUGAAGAUGCCAAAGAAUCUUCUUCAGACAGCACUGAUGAGGUUAAAGAAUAGAGAGAAUAUAAAGUUUGACUUUAUUGUGAAAUUAAAAUUAGCCGAAGUUUAUGAACAGUGCAUUUACAUUGGUGUGUUUCUUUGUUAACAUUUCUCUUUCUGCAGAGGAAAAAUGUUUUUGCUGCUUUAUAUAAGAAAAAAUGAUUUUUUUUUAAGUUAUUUAAAAAAUUUAGCAUCCUUUUUCAAUUAAGAUUGCCAUCUUGCUUUCAGGCAAAACCUGGGGAAAGAGGUGCCUUUGGAAGAUUUUGCAGCCCUUUGUGGAACAAAUGUAUUUUCUUCCUGGGGAAGAAUUAAGCUCUUCUAUCUGCUGUGCUUUUGUUGUUCUGUCACUCUGACUACCGAAAUUAAAAGCUUGCUCUGCCUCCUGCCAAGAAAAGCAGAAGGCAGGACUGACUCGGUAUUCAGCAUGAAGGUGGGAGAGCAGUACAGCAGAAAACUGGAUAAGAGGAUCAGAAACUUGGGAGACUGGAAGAAAACCUGUUUAAAAUCAGGUGCACCAGUCCAAAAAAAGGUAAGGUGGCAACCUUAUUUUCAAUAGUUUUAAAUGUUGAUGAGAAUCCUAAAAACACACUUACAGUGAUUUCUGAGGAUUUCCGUUUCCUUUUUUAUGUUUUGUUUUUACUAUAUUAAGAACAUUUCAUCUUUCUUCCUUAAAUCAAAGUUAGGCUACUACAGUACAACAUCCACCUAAUUUUAAAGGCUGACUUUUUUUUUUCUUUUAAAGCGAUACUUUUUUAUUUACAACGGAGGUGGAAAUGGAGAAGUUGAAAGCAGAUAGGCCAAGCCACAGCUUUAAUCUGUGUUGUUCAGUAGGGUCAGGUCUCAGCUUCUUCAGGUUUUCACAGUUAGCUGGAGAUUUUCAAAGCUAAUUUUUUGACUGAACCAUUAUUAAAAGUAAAAUAUGAUUUAAUAUUCCUGUCUGCUAUUCUUUCAUUUUAUGUAGUUGGAUAUAACGCUGAAUGUGACAACAGUUAGCUUACCUUAUUUUGAACUUUAUCUUUUCAUUGAAAUAUAUUUGCUACUGUUUUCCUAAAGGAAGAAGAGUGAGCAAUACUGUUUUUUUUUUUUGGUUUGGGGCAGACCAAAACCAAGUUUGCUGCAUGUGUUCCCACUUAUACUGUGUAGCAAUCUGAGGCACACAUCUUGGCUUACCAAUACAGUGCCAAUUAAGUCUGUUAUCCAGCAGUGUUGGUUGUCCCUCUCCUCCAUAUAGUAAAUUCUGUGUAAAAAUUAUUCCAGCAUUAUAGUACAAUACCAAAAUGACCGUAGUUUCAAGGCUUGGCUUUGAAAUGGCCUAUUUUAAUAUGCAGCUUAAUUCUUUUGCUCAAUUUUUAAGAACUUUCCCACCUAACAAAACUAUCUUUUAAAAGUUCUAAGGAAUGGAAAGACUGGGCAAAGUAUGGAUAACUGUUUAAACUUAAAAAUAGCAACUUACUCAUCUAGGACUGGUGGCAGUAAAAUGCCAGUGGACAUAUUUAUUGUCUUAUUUAUUAGAUUUUUGCUUCUUUUACAAUUACAACUUGGAAAAAUGUGCUUUUGCAUAAAUCUUUGGUGCAAUACACAUGACAAGUAGUGACUUCCAUAUUGCCAUAGCAACUUCGGUGUUCAACUACGAUUAAAAAAAAGUUAAAUAGCUUUUUCUAAAUAUUUCACUGAGAAUGGUGUUUGGCCAUUACACAUGGGAUAUUGUUUUCCCAUUAACUAGAGGCUGGACCAAUAUUUUUGUAACUAUAUGCUGCCUGUAGGUAGAAUAGUAUGUAUUUUCAUCCUGACAGUUUAAAUGUCAUGUAAGUCACCACUCUUCAGGUUUUUUUUAUUAGAAACAAUAUUCAUCCACUUCUGCUUCUGCCAGUUGCAUUGCACAUAUAUCAAAGAAGGUGAGAUGAUAACACCCAACAACAACUUGUGUUACCUGAGCAUUAUAACUGUAAUCCAAAAUUUAAAUGAUUUGGUUUGAUACACUGUAUUCUGUUUCAAUGUUUGCUGUUAUCUAUGGCUUAGCAAACUCUGGUAACCACAGGAUAGAUCGUGUGGGUUUUCUUGAAUAAACUUAGUUCUACAGUGUC